UUUCUGGGAUGCUUUUGAUUUAUAUUAAAGACGAUGACAAUAUAUCCGAACAAUAAAUAUAAUGUAUCUACUAGCGGAUCCAACAAACGUUCUCUUGUACAUACAAACAAAAAUCUAAUAAUGUAUCUAAUUAAUUCUCGACUCUCCACUUGACCACACAAAAAAUUUCAACAAAAUCUGUACAGCCGUUUAAGAGUUAAAUUACGAGCACAUUCACAAAAGAUUUAUAUACAUUCCAGCUAUUUAUUUGGAGUAUAGAUAAAUAACUAACAUAGCGAUUGCAGCGCCAUAUGCCGGGCUGAUUUGUGGAUCAAAGCCAUCUAGGGCGCCGCCCAAACGCGUACAAAAAAAAUAAUUCAAAUCGGUUCAGCCGUUUAAGGAAGUUCAAAGAUAUACACACGUACAGCUGAAUUAUAUAUACGCAUAUAAAGAUACAAAUAGUACUUUGAUAUGUUCAUAAGAUUUAAUAAAACAUUAUGUUCUAUUGUAUUUAUAUGCUAUAUAACAAUGAAAUCUAUAAAUGGAAAUAACGCAAAACAUCAUUAUACAUAUUUUAAUUGUAUGAAUACACACUAAAUUUGAGUUGAACGAGGUGAGAAGGUUACAUAAUACGCCUAUCUGGUAUGCGAUUAUUCAUCAGCUGAAAGUAACAUAAAGGCAUUAUCAUUAUGAAAUCAAAAGUAGAUCGUAAACUUGUCGACCUUAAAGUACUAUGAAUAUGGCUGUAUAAAAGAAAAAAAUUGUACAUGUUAAUCAGGAUUCAUAAAACAACCAAAUUGACAACAUGUUCUCCAAAGUUUUUGGUAUCAGCGCUGUUUUAGCAGUAGCAUCAGCCGGCCUCCUCCCGGCUGCCCACUACUCUCCAGCAUCCGCAGUGUCUUCACAAAGCAUUGUCCGCCAUGAGCAGCCAAUCGCCGUAGCCGCUCCCGUUGCAUACCAAUCUGCUCAGCUGGCAUACGCCACUCCCGCUCGUUACUCCGCUGCUGUCUCAUCUCAAAACAUCGUCCGCCACCAACAGCCCAUCGCCUACAACGCCGCUCCUCUCUCUUAUGCCACACCUCUCUCUUACGCUGCUCCCGCUCGUUACUCAUCUGCCGCUGCAGUCUCCUCUCAGAACAUCGUUAGUCACGGACAGGCUAUUGCUCCCGCCCGUCUUUCCUACCAAGCAGCCCCUGCUGUAGUCGCUCCAGUUGUCCACGCUGCUCCCCUUGUCCACGCUGCUCCAGCGCGCGCCAUCAUCGCCCAACAUGAGGAAUACGACGCACACCCCAGCUAUGACUUCGCCUACUCCGUAGCCGACGGCCACACCGGUGACAACAAGUCCCAGCACGAGAGCCGCGACGGAGAUGUUGUACGUGGAGAAUACUCCCUGGUUGAAGCUGACGGCUCAAUCCGCCGCGUAGAGUACUCCGCUGAUGACCACAAUGGUUUCAACGCCGUCGUCAGCAACUCUGCACCCGCUCAUGCCGCCCACACCUACGCCCCGGCUGCUGUACUUGCUCACCAUUAAAAAAUUAAAGAAAUUAAUAACUUCCAAGUGUGUUCGUGUGAUAUAUUAUAAUUUAAAUAUUUAAUAUA